UGCCUGCCGCCAAAAUUCAAGUAGGACUGAGCUGUUCAAUUGUCGGUUGUAAACAGUGGACGGUACCCUUGUUUUCCUACAUUUUACUGAUUGAUUUUCUACUUAUUUAAAUCUUGCCUCCGGAGUCUGCGGAGAGAGGACAGAAGUAAAGAUGCACAUCAAAUCUAUUAUCAUUGAGGGUUUCAAAUCCUACGCACAAAGGACGGAGAUCAACGGUUUUGACCCGCUUUUCAACGCCAUUACAGGACUGAACGGCAGUGGCAAGUCCAACAUUUUGGACUCCAUUUGUUUUCUUUUGGGCAUUUCUAACCUCACCCAUGUACGAGCUUCCAACCUUCAGGACUUGGUUUACAAAAAUGGCCAAGGUGGAAUUACCAAAGCCACAGUGUCUAUUACCUUUGACAACUCGAACAAGAGCCAGAGUCCUCUUGGCUUUGAAACCCACGAUGAGAUCACUGUCACCAGACAGGUGGUCAUAGGUGGAAGGAACAAGUACCUCAUCAAUGGGGUCAAUGCCAACAACACCAGGGUGCAGGACUUGUUCUGCUCUGUUGGUCUCAACGUCAACAACCCACAUUUUCUCAUUAUGCAGGGAAGGAUCACCAAGGUUCUAAACAUGAAACCACCAGAGAUCCUUGCCAUGAUUGAAGAGGCCGCAGGUACCAGAAUGUAUGAAUGCAAAAAGAUUAGUGCUCAGAGGACAAUUGAGAAGAAGGAGGCCAAGCUGAAAGAGAUUGAGACUAUUUUGAAUGAAGAAAUUACUCCAACUAUGCAAAAACUGCAAGAGGAGCGAUCAUCUUAUUUGGAGUACCAGAAGCUGAUGCGCGAGAUCCAGCACUUGUCUCGGCUUUAUGUGGCUUGGCUGUUUGUGUGUGCAGAGGAGACCAAGCUGAAGUCAGCAGAGAACCUGAAGGUGAUGCAAGACAACAUCUGCAAGAUGCAAGCCAGCAUGGCAGAAAAUGAGAGCAAAAUCCAGGAGCUCUCGGCUCAGAUUCAGAAGCUGCAGAAGAAAAAAGACCAGGAGGUAAAUGGAGUAUUAAAAUCACUGGAGGAUGCUCUAGCUGAUGUACAGCGCGUGGAUGCCAAAGUCCAGAGUACUCUUGAUUUGAACAAACAGAAUCUCACAGAGGAAACUAAAAAGAGAAAGGAGCUUGUCAAGAGUAUGGAAGAGGAUAAAAAGGUGGUUGUGGUAAAGGAAAAAGAGGUUUCUAAGUUGGCUGAGCAGCUCCAGGCUCUUCAGGAGGAGGGAAAAAAGGACAGUACUGCUCUGGAAGCGGCUGAGCAGCAUUUCAAAGCCGUGUCUGCAGGUCUUUCAACUAACGAGGACGGAGAGGAGGCAACUCUUGCUGGACAGAUGAUGGCCUGCAAGAACGACAUGAGCAAGGCAGAUACGGAGGCCAAACAGGCCCAAAUGACUUUGAAGCAUGCACAGGCUGAGCUGAAGACCAAACAGGCAGAGAUGAAAAAGAUGGACAGUGGCUACAAGAAAGACCAAGACACCCUGCAGGCUGUCAGAAGCAGCAGGGAGAAACUAGAGGCCGAACUAGCCAAACUCAACUAUGAAGAUGGGAAGGAAGAAAGCCUGUUGGAAAAGAGGAGGCAGCUGUCCAGAGAGGUCGCUCAACUCAAACAGACCUACGAGCGUCUCAUGUCACGCUUCCCCAACCUGCGCUUUGACUACAAAGAUCCAGAGCGAGGAUGGGACCGUAGCAAGGUGAAUGGGCUGCUGGCUAAUCUCGUCACAGUCAGUGAUGUCUCUUAUGCAACAGCGCUGGAGGUUGUUGCCGGUGGACGACUCUACAACAUCGUCGUUGACACGGAGGUGACGGGUAAAAAGCUGUUAGAGAAGGGGGAGCUGCAGCGCAGGUACACCAUCAUCCCUCUGAAUAAGAUCUCUGCCAAGGUGCUUAAUGACAAAGUAAUCAAAACGGCAAAGAACCUGGUUGGAGAGAAUAAUGUUCACACAGCUCUGUCCCUGGUUGGCUACGAAGAAGACGUGCGUAAAGCCAUGGAGUACGUGUUUGGCUCCACGUUGGUGUGCGACACUCUGGACAACGCCAAAAAAGUAGCUUUUGACAAGCAGGUGAUGACCAAGACGGUCACGCUCGGAGGAGACAUCUUUGACCCACAGGGAACUCUGAGUGGAGGUGCCCGCUCCCAGUCAGCAUCAAUCCUGUCAAGUCUGCAGGAGGUGAAGGAUGUCCAAGACAACCUGAAUGAGAAGGAGGCCCAACUGCAGGAUGCUGAAAGACAACUAGCCGGCCUUAAAGGAACCGCUGAGAAGUACCGACAGCUGAAGCAGCAGCAUGAGCUGAAGGUGGAGGAGGAGCAGAUUCUCAAGGCCAAGGUGGAGCAGAGCGCCUUCCACCAGCAGCAAGAGGAGCUGGAGAGGCUGCGCAAGGCAAUAGAGGAGAGCGAAGAGACUUUACGCGUCACCAAGGAGGUUCAGAAGCGGGCUGAAGAGAAAUACAAGGUGCUGGAGAACAAGAUGAAGAAUGCAGAGGCAGAGAGAGAGAAGGAGCUGAAAGCUGCGCAGCAGAAACUAAACUCAGCAAAGGCCAAAGCUGAUGCUUUCAAUAAGACGUUAAAGCAGAAGCAGCAGGAGUCCGAUGCUGUGGCCCUGGAGCUGGAGGAGCUGCAGAGGGAGCAGGCUGGUUAUGAGCAGCAGAUUCAGGCUGUGGACGAGGCGAUGAAGGCCAUCCAGGAGAAGAUAGACAGCAUGGCUUGCACUGUUUCCCAAAACAAGGAGGCAGUGCGUAAAGCUCAGGAGGAGCUGGCCAAACAGAAGGAAGUGAUCAUGGCACAAGACAAUGAACUCAAGGCGAAAAGCACCGAGGUAAAUAAGAUGACGGAGCAGAACAAUGACAUCCAGCUGAAGAUCAAAGAGAUGGAGCAUAACAUUAAUAAGCACCAUAAGGACAGUCAGGAUGCUGCUGACAAGGUGACUCGGAUGCUGGAGGAGCAUGACUGGAUCCACUCGGAGCGUCAGUUCUUCGGCCAGCCAAACACCUCUUAUGACUUCAAGACCAACAACCCCCGUGAGGCGGGCCAGAGGCUGAAGAAGCUGGAGGAAACCACCACCAAGCUGGAGAGGAACGUCAACAAGAGGGCCAUGAACAUGUUAAACGAGGCUGAGGAAAGGUACAACGACCUGAUGAAGAAGAAGAGAAUUGUGGAGAAUGACAAAGCAAAAAUCUUGCAGACCAUUGAGGAGCUGGACCAGAAGAAGAAUGAGGCUCUCAACUUGGCAUGGCAGAAGGUAAACAAGGACUUUGGCUCCAUUUUCUCCACUUUGCUGCCAGGAGCCACAGCAAAACUGGCUCCUCCACAUGGCUGCGGUGUCUUGGAUGGCCUUGAGUUCAAGGUAGCCUUGGGCGACACCUGGAAAGAGAACCUCACUGAGCUUAGUGGUGGACAGAGGUCACUCGUGGCCUUGUCCCUCAUCUUGGCCAUGUUGCUUUUCAAGCCUGCUCCAAUCUACAUCUUAGAUGAGGUGGAUGCUGCUCUGGAUCUGUCACACACACAGAACAUUGGACAGAUGCUGCGCACACAUUUCAGACACUCCCAGUUUGUGGUUGUGUCCCUCAAAGACGGCAUGUUCACCAACGCCAACGUCCUGUUCAAGACGAAGUUUGUGGACGGUAUGUCCACAGUGACGCGGACUGCGCUCAGCCAGAGUGAUGCCAACCUUCCCCAGAAAGGCCUAGAAAAGGCUCGGCAGAAAGACAAGAGGAACAAACAGCUCAUCAGCUGAAUGUUCUUCUGCACUUUCACAUCGUUUAUUCACUGUUUUGAUGUCUUCUACAAACUGCAUCUGUGAUGGGCAAUAUUUGCCUUUCAUGUGUGUUGUGCCAUCUCUGCAUCUAUUUACAGCCUUUCAGUCUAAGUGUCUUUUUAAUCUCUUUAUUUAGCUGUUUAUUUCCCAUCUUUAUAUGCAACUAAUGGAUCUAUAUUUUUUGUAAAUAAAACGGGUCUAAUACCAUU